CUCCCCCGCACUCUCACGUUUUAUAAACCCGGAGAGGAGCCGCUUCUUCCCGGUCACAGGAGCCCCGUGAAGGUCCCGUCAUGUCCGUCAGCGCCGUACUCCUCCGCUUUAACCAUCUCCACGGGACGAGUCUAUACCGAUGUCUCCGGAGCCCCUCUGCCCGGGCUCUGAGCGGCCUGAGCCGGGCACAGGCGAGACUGCAGCCCGCUGGAGUGCACCGCUGCUGCCCGUUGAAUGAGAGUUUGUGGCGACACUUUUAUAGACACUACGCCCGGCCACCUCCUCAGUCCUCAGGCACGCCCAAGAGGUCAGGGCCGGUAACGUGGAAAUCUCUGGCCGUCACUUUUGCGAUAGGGGGCGCUCUGCUCGGAGGAAUGAAGCUCUUCAAAAAAGAAAAGGAAGAAAUGCUUGAGAAGGAGAGGAACAAAUCUAUCGGACGUCCGUUGCUGGGGGGACCCUUUUCUCUGGUGGACCAUCACAACAAACCUGUGCGGAGCGAGGACUUCCUGGGACAGUGGAUCUUGAUCUACUUUGGCUUCACACACUGCCCCGACAUCUGCCCCGACGAGCUGGAGAAGAUGAUCGAGGUGGUGGACGAAAUCGAUGGAAUCCGCUCUCUUCCAAACCUCACCCCGAUCCUCAUCACCAUCGACCCGGACAGAGACACUCCAGAGGCCAUGGCCGCUUAUGUCAAAGAGUUCUCUCCGAAGCUGGUGGGUCUGACUGGCUCUGUGGCUCAGGUGGAGCAGGUGUCCCGCUCGUACAGAGUUUACUACAGCCAGGGCCCCAAAGACGAAGACAACGACUACAUAGUGGACCACACCAUCAUCAUGUAUCUGGUUGGACCUGAUGGACAGUUUGUGGAGUAUUACGGCAAAACAAACGAAGAGCCAGAGAUCAGCAGCUCCAUCGCGUCGCACAUGAGGAAGUACAAGAACAAACAGUGACCUCUGCUGGACACUGCUGGACACUGCGCUCACUGCACCACUCACACAAAGACGCAAAGAAAAGAAAAAGUUGAUUCUGUAAGUGGUGGACCCAAUGAAGGUUGAGAGAAAGUUCCUAUAUUGUGCUUUAUUCUGGCCUUAAUUUAUUUGGAUUUUUUGUGUUUCUUUUGUAAUUUAAUUGAACUGUAUCUAGACAGUUUUACAGUUUAAAAAAAAAACAAAAAAAUGACUGAACCUGUGUCUCGAGAGCCUUAAACUGCAGACAGACACACACACAAGUUAGUCUCAUUCUCAGUAUAUGGACAGUAGGGAUGCAACGAUAUUAAGUAUAAUAUCGAGUCUUUCGAUACUGGUCUUACGAUCCAAUACACAUGUUCUUUGAUGCGUGUGUCAAUACGCACGAGUCACUCUGUGCUGUGUUGUCUUUAACUCUUUUCCUUUGGGACCAAAAUCAUCACAGCGUCUUCCUCAGAUGCAGCAAGAAAACAGCUCCACAGGGAUUUACAGCUGAAAUAUUCUAACAGAGGACGGUUUGAUCUUUCACUCACUUUUUAUUUGACAUUGAUAGACCCAGGAAUGACAAAAAUAUUCACUUUGAAAUAGUUUAGAAUCACGUUUGGCUUUACAAUUCGUAUUCGCACCUGUGACGCGACUCACGAUAUACACAAUCUUUUUCUUAGACUCUAUCUAAUAAGUUUUACUCAGAAAACAGUCUGUUGAGACAUUUAACACGGUUAAAGUGUGUGAGGAUGGGAGAGCACAGACUGUAGGGGACUGUGUGGGAGGAGCUACGUACUGUUUCUACUGAAAGGUGCAGUGUGGGAGGAGCUACGUACUACGCAGAGGAGCACAGACACAGGCAUGAGGCGUGCGAGAGGAGUCAGGAGGGAAAGAAAGAAAUCAUCAAAUCAUCAUCAAAAAAAGGAGCGACUAGGGCUACGUUCAGACUGCAGGGCUUAAUGCUGAAUUCAGAUUUUUUUGUGAAAUCCGAUGUUUUUGUGAGGUCGUUCACAUUUCCAAUUAAAUGUGACUUGUAUGUGUCUCCAGUGUGAACAUUAAACGGCCCAAAAGUGUCCCACAUGUGCACUGGAGACACGAUGACGUCAACCACAGCGAGCGUGCUCUGUGUUUACAGAAGUUGUCCAAACAUGGACGCAGCAUCGAGCACCUGGAGAUUUUAAAGUUCCUCUCGUACCGGAGCCAGAACAUGAACAACUUACUUGUUUUAAGGAGGAGAUUGAGAAGGAGAAGGACGAGGUUUUUGGCCGUGGUGUUUUGUGGGACAGCGGCAGCAACGUCCGUUUAAAGGAACGUGUGGAUGUGGAGACGGAGCCAAGAGUGGUGAGUGGUGAUGUGCUUCACUUCAGUGACACGGAGUUCAUUAACAAUUUUCGCCUACUUCAGCGCAGAAUAGUGACGUUUGUGUCUUGUUGAUAAAUGUG